AUGAAACAUCUUGAGGGAACAUAUGAUAAGAAACACCCCAAGUGGAAACAGAGUUUUGAUGAUGCCUUGAUGAAUGCAGUAUGUGGCACCAUCGACACCACUGGGGAAUAUAAUGUCAACUACUUAAUUCUUGACAUCAUCAGGGAACACCACAUGUUCAGUCAGGUCUGGAAGAAAAUUGAAAAUGGCCUGACCAAUGAAGCCACUGCAACCUCAUGCUGGAUUGCCCUCAUCACUCAGUUAGGCAAGCUCAGGAUGUUCAACUCUGAUGCUCGAAAACUCAUUCAAGAAAUCAGGACAAUCCAGACAGAAAGCAGCCUAUUGGGAAAACCUUUUGCCAAUGAUACUUUGUUCUCCAAUUUGCAGAAGUGCACCAUCCACCAUCCAAUGUAUAAGGAAAUGGUCACCACCAUCAGCCAGCUCACCUUUAGUGCCCUCACCACUGCCCUAACCAUUCAGCAAUCUGCAAUUGAGAAUUACCCUGCUCAGAAGGUUGACCCCUGCCAAGCCAGUGCCAGAGUUGCCAGCAGCAAUGAUCAAGAUGAACCAACCCUGAAGGAUGGGGGGGAUGAGAAAGAUGGAGAUAACACCAAUGCCAAGGUUGCUGCUUGGCCUUGA